UACAGUGUUUAAAACAUGAAAUUGUUUAUUUCAGAGGGUCCAAAGUCGUCAAAGCCGGAAGUCCAGAUGUUAGCAGAACCACCUGAGAAUCGAACAUUCAAAGAUAAAGAAACACAGACACAGGAAGAACCUGUUGAGUCUGUAAACCUGGAUGAGAAACUUCUUCAUAGUGUAGCAAAGAAGUUGGGGAAUAAAUGGCAGCAACUUGGGAGAGAAUUAGGAAUUAAACAAGUUGACCUGAACAUUAUCAAGAGUGACUUCCCUAAUGAUACAGCAGAACAAAGUUUCCAGAUGCUCUAUAAAUGGUUCCAGUGUUGUGAUCCAGCGAAUCGUACACUUAAAACAUUAACGGAAGCUCUGACGGAAAUCGAGUGUUUCGACGCUCUUGAACGUCUAUCAUUAGACACAAAUUGAAUUUUUGAGUAAACUGUCGCUGCUGUUGUGUCCUAAGUCUACAUUCGACAAAUGCCUUCCAUCCAGGACUAUCCUGCCUUUCACUUAAGUUUAGAGAACUCAAUACCACAUUGUCUACUGUGUCCUUCUUUCAGAUGACAUAUUGUGAAUUGAGUAGGAUUCGGCUACUAAUUCUAGCAGAUCUGUCUACUCCAUUGAGGGCAAUUGUUUCCCUUGUUGUUAGAGAUUAACUGUGGAAAUAAAGAUAAGCUUUGAAAUUUCA